UGCAACCUUGUGUAUUUCAUGUUUUGUUUUUGGUGUUGGUCUGCAAAUUAUUCAAGUCACCUGACUUGCCUGUGCAUAAUUGUAAUAAGUUAAAAUCAAAUGUAUUAAUUUCUACUUACAACCAUUUAACUAUCAAUAAUCUAUUUAUACUAAAAAUUAAUAAGUCACUAUGAGUGGGAAAGAUACCAUACCAGUGUUUCCUUCCAGAAUGGCUAUGACUGUGAUGAAAGGUCGUCUAAAAGCCGCUCAAAAAGGACAUGGUCUUUUAAAGAGAAAGGCAGAUGCUUUGCAAAUGAGGUUUCGUAUGAUUCUCAAAAAGAUUGUUGAGACUAAAUCGUUGAUGGGAGAUGUUAUGAAGGAAGCUGCUUUUUCAUUAGCUGAAGCAAAGUUUACUACCGGGGAUUUCAAUCAUAUAGUUUUGCAAAAUGUAACCAAAGCUCAAAUCAAAGUUCGUAGUAAGAAAGAUAAUGUGGCUGGUGUGAAUUUGCCGGUAUUUGAAAGUUUCCAAAAUGGUGUUGAUACUUAUGAGUUGGCAGGCUUAGCCAGAGGUGGUCAACAACUUGCUAAGUUGAAAAAGAACUAUGCCAAAGCUAUUCACUUGCUUGUGGAUCUGGCUUCUUUACAAACCUCUUUUAUAACUUUGGAUGAAGUCAUCAAAGUUACCAAUAGGAGAGUUAAUGCUUUGGAACAUGUUGUUAUUCCUAAAAUUGAGAGAACAAUUGCCUAUAUCACUUCAGAGUUGGAUGAAAGGGAAAGAGAAGAGUUUUAUCGGUAAA